AUGAAAAUAUGUUCAUCGACAAAAAUAGCCAGAGUUGUUGUCAAUGUUACAACGGAUGCGUCGCCCUCAGAAAACUCGUUGUUCGAUCGAUCAUUAUCUGCAUCGACUGUCUUACCUAGCACACCAAACAAUGACAUCAGUACUACUGAUAAAAACGUUCGAGAACAAUUGCAAAUCAUUGCUGAUCAAUCUUUAUCACCUGAUGUGAAUAAAAAUGAAGAAAGUGUUUCGAAGACAACUGAAAACCAUUACAAAAGAAAGGAAGCACUUACAAAACUACAUCACAAAAGCAAAGCCACUAAAACUAGUGGCGAUUCUAUGGUAGCUUCAUCCUCAAUUAGCAUCGAUGAGGUUGGGAAAAAUGAUAACAAAAAUCAUCCCCAAUCAUCAACAUCUGUUUGGAAAUACGCGACUCGAAGUCAUGACAAAAAACACGCUAUUUGCCUUAUUUGUGGUACACAGAUUACUACUAGUAAUUGGUCAACGUCAGCGUUACGGCGUCAUUUAAUUCUCAAAGGAAUUCGAAUCAUUUUGCUCCAUGAAUUUCGAUUGGGACACAAAGCAACUAAAGCAGCGAAGAAUAUAUGCAAUACGACGGGUCCCGGUGCCCUGUCCAUCCGCACAGCACAACAUUGGUUUGAUCGAUUUCGUAAUGGGAAUUACGAACUUGAUGACCAACCCAGGCGUGGAAGACCUAUCGAAGUCGAUAUCGAUCUUUUGAAGCAGCAGAUCGAACAAGAUCCACGACUAACGACACGAGCUUUAGCAGCGCUGCUCGGGUGUUCCCAUAUUACCCUCGAAAAACAUUUAGCUGAUUUUUGCAAGAGCUGGAAAUAUGGGAUAUGGAUUCCACACAAAUUAUCGCCGUAUCAGCUUCAGUCACGGGUGAACACGUGUAUGCAUUUAAUCACAUCUCAUCGUAAUUAUCAAUGA